AUGGUCAUCGUCGAUCGCCUGUCAAAAAAGAAACGGUUUAUCCCGAUAAGCGAGAUCACCGCGCCCGAAGUAGCUACGACCUUCCUCGAAUACGCUAUACUACUUCCUAUCGCCGAGUUUGAAUCGAAUUCUAGCAAGAAUAUAAGCACUAAUAUAACUCCGUUUAAGUUGACCAAAGGUUAUAUACCCCGAGCUAGCUUUAAACCUCCGAUAAGCGAUACUGAGCCUAGGAACAAAGAAGUAAGAGAUACUAUAACCAUGAAAGACGAUCACGUAUACCUCGAUACUCGCUUCCUAAAGUUAUCCCGACCAUCGAAAGGGUUGGACCUAAAGCAUAUUGGACCUUUCAAACUCCUGUACCUCGACGACGGGAUACCUCUCCCCGGUCAAAAUAUACCUCCCGCUCCCGCUAAGAUCGUUAACUGUAGGUUCAAUAAGAAGAAUAAAGAUAAGACCUCCGGGAAGAAAGGUACUCUACAGUAUAAAGCUCAUUAUAAGGGCUAG